AUGGAAGGGAAAGUUGCUGAUAUGGUCAAUGAAAUAUGUAAAGCAGAGAGCGAGUAUGGCUCUUGGACCUUAAUGCAUCGGUGUAAUCUUUGUAAUAAAUGAAUGAAAAUCAUAGGAAACUCCGAUCUAGAAAGCCUUGCAUGGAUUUAUGUAUGGAUGAGGUAUUCAGAACUGCGGAAAUUAGAUUGGCAAAGAAAAUACAACACAAGGCCUUCAGAAUUAGCUGCAAGCCAGAAAAAUUUAGCAUUCACCGUAACAGAAUUAAUUGCGAAAGCCAGCAAGCAAGGCUUUGUAUCCCCCGCAUGAAUAUUACGUAGCAUUUUAGGAAGUUUUGGAAGAGGCGGUGAUUAUGGACAGAGAAUUCGUGACCAAAUCUUAGAAAUAAUGCACAGGCAUAGAAUUGGUGAGACUUAUGGCACUUAUCUUGAGCAAUGGCAUCAAAAGUUGCACAACAAUACAACUCCAGAUGAUAUCGGAAUUUGUGAGGCGACCAUUGCAUAUUGGGAAACAGGCAACAUGAAUAAAUACUGACUCCCCCCCCUCCGUGAGCGAACAAAACCAUUAGAAAAAUCGCCAUUUUUUGACCAAAAACCCACCCUCCGUGAGUGAACAAAAAUAUUUUUAAUAGAAAAAAUUUUAAUAGAAAAAAAUUUUGCUAUAUAAGUGAUAAUUAGUAUAAUGAAAUCUAGAGCUAAUUCUGUUUAAUUUUAAACAAAUUGCGUUUUAAAACAUAAAUUUUGCAAAUUAAAUUAGUAUUUGCUUCCCAAUUUUUGCAAAUUAGGAUUUUUUUAAAUUUCGAAAAAAAUAUUUUUUAUAAAAUUUAUAUAUAAAUUGUUUUUAAAAAAAAAAUUAACCCCCCUCCGUGAGUGAACAAAAUUUUUUUGUUCGCUCACGGAGGGGGGGGGGGGAGUGAGAAGUUCUACAUAGUCAUGGGAUUACUAGAGAUAGAUUAGCGUCCUUUGAAAGACCAAUCACAACCCAGCCUAACUACACGCCUUAUUUAAUUAAUGAUUUCAGAGAUUUCUUGAAGACUUUAAAAUCAGUCCACUCAGGGGCUGAUUUAAUCACAAGUAUAGAGCAUGCCAGGCAUUGUUUUACUCCAUUUAUGCAUGUAAAAAUAGAUGAUGUGCUCAGAAAUUUACAUCAUUGGGAUACAAUCAGUCAAAUUGAGAGAGCUGUGUGGGCGAGGCUUGAAAUUAAUUAUCAUGGAAAUAAAGGGAAUAAUUAUCAAUAUAGAGAACUUUUGUAUGUCGAUUUGAGCUUAGAAAUGUAUAUCAGGCAACUAUUUGAAUCAAUUUUACAUAGAAAUAUGGCUCCGAGACAUUAUAUUAGAGAGCUAAAUUUGCUAUUGGAUAAUGCUUUGAUUACAAAUGAGGAUAAAGAAUUGAUUAUUGCUGUAAAUGAUUGGAAAUCGCUAGCGAAAAGAUAUGGAGAUUGAUUAGGCCAUUAAAGACAGGCGUUAGCCAUAUUGGUGACUCAGUUACCGAAUGGGAGAGAGGUGCAACCGCUUUUUGACUCCGGCUCAGAGAGUUUUUAUCCAAAGGUGGAUACUUCCGGUACCUUCUGUCUACUUCUUGCCUUAGGGCUUCAGUCUUGAGUGGGCUUAAGGAUUUCUGCUAUCCUGCUACGGGCCAUUGGAGUGGCUUGAUUCCAAGGAUCCUUGGAGUCUAUCGUAUGCCGAAGUGCCUUCCUUCGACAGCUACAGGGAAAAGACUACUGUGGCCUGGGCCGAAAUCCCCAGUUUUUCGGUAGAGGAAUGCCUAUGGGUCCUCGAUCCAAAGGACUUUGAGCGCCUCCAUUUACAACCACAGGAAAGUAGCCAAAACCUAUCAGGAUGCACAUCUCUUGAGCCUGCACCUGAUUCUCGGCUCGGAGUCCAUCCCAGUUCACCGUAGCCAUAAGGUCCAGACUGUUGCACCAAGAGGACAGACUAACAUGUGUAGCCAUUUUAAAGUAUGCGAAAAGAUAUGCAAAUAAUUUAGAAGGAAAUCGUGAAAUCGCAUUGGUGCUGAAAUCAGCGGCUGACAGAAUUGGCAGGAUCAUAGGUGUUGCUGUAGAUGAUUUUAGUAGCCUAUUUCAGCCUAAAGCAAAAACAAUUGGCGAACGUUGCAAAAUUGAUAAAGAUUUUGUUGAUUUUUUCAGCGAAGAAAUAAUUAGAGCAUCCUGUUUUUUUGCCCCAUCAAUGAUUUUGAGGAAGCUAGAUGCACAGUUCAGAGGAAUUGCAAAGCUAAAACCUUGGCAAAUUAUCAGCCCCAUUUCAAAAAUCCAAGGAAAGCUAAUAAAAGUCGAAUUACUUCAUGAUGUAGCUUAUAACAUUUAUAAUGAGCCUACUAUUAUUUUAUCGAAAAAAACAUUCGGAGAAGAAGAAAUUCCUGAAGGAGUCCUUGGGGUAAUUUCUUGUGGAGAACUUGAUGGCCUCGCACAUGUUUCUGUAAGGGCCAGAAAUCAGAAAAAAUUGCUAGCUGUUUGUUUUAAUGAGGAGGAAAUAAAAAAUAUAGAAAAAUAUGUCGAUCAAUGAAUCUGUGUGACUUCUCAAGGAGGGAUAAUUAUAGUAAAGUCAGCACAAGAAGAAAGAUUUGAAGAAGAAGAAAAUGAGAGAUAUGAUGCUCAGCAAAUCAAAAGACCUGAGCCAUUAGAAUUUAUUGCUAUAUCUUCUGAUCAGUUUAAUGAAAGAAAAGUUGGGGCAAAAGCUAAUAAUUGUGAAAUUUUAAAGAGAAAUCUUCCUGACUUUCCCUCUCCGAGAGAGUGAAAAAAAAAAAUUUUGUUCCUUACAGAGGAGAUUCAUUUUAUUAAUGAAUUUUUUUAAAAAUCCAAUUCACAGAAAUUCGAAAAUAGAAAUUAAUUUAAAUUGAAAAGCAAAAAUUAAUUUAAUUUGUACAAUUUAUGUUUUAAAAAGCAAGAUGCUUAAAUUUAAUAGAAUUAGCUAGAGAUUUCAUUAUAGCAAUAUAAAAAUAUCUUUAUAAAAAAAAUUUUUUGUCUGCUCUCAGAGGGGUUUUCUAGAUGGUUUUGCUCACUCACAUAAUUGGGGAAUGAGCAUUUUGGAGUCCCAAGACAAGUUGCAAUCCCUUAUGGAGGGUGUGAGUAUGUGAUUUCUCAUAUGAUUAAUGAAGAAAAAACUAAUAAAUAUAGAGAGCUAAUCGGAAGACUUGAAGAAAUGGAGCAUAAUAAAGAAAUAGCAGAAGAUUUAAGCGAUUUAAAGAAAGUUAUUUUAGAGUUAGAGAUGCCUGAACACGAAAUGAAUGAAAUUCAAGAAAAAUUAGAAAGUAUUGGCAUAGCUAAAGAAGACUGGGAAGCAGCAUUCCUUGCAAUUAAAAAAGUAUGGGCUAGCAAGUUCAAUGAAAGAGCUUAUUUAAGCACUGCAAAAUUAAGAAUCCCAUUAAAUGAUAUUAUAAUGUCAGUACUUUGCCAAGAAGUGAUAGUAGGAGAAUAUGCUUAUGUUUUGCACACAAAAGACCCAUUUACUAAUGAUUCUUCUCAUAUUUACGGAGAAUUAGUCCUAGGGCUUGGUGAAACCCUAGUUGGAGCUUAUGAGGGCCGUGCAUUUUCGUUUACAGUCAGCAAAAAUAAUAAUGAUUAUCAAAUUGAAAGCUUUCCAAAUAAAUCAGUUGCAUUAAGAGGGUCAGGAUUCAUAUUUAGAUCUGACUCAAACUCUGAAGACUUGCCUGAGUUUGCAGGAGCUGGACUUUUUGAUAGUAUAAUUAUGAAGGAAACUGAAGAAGAAAUAGUAUCUUAUGGCAAUGAAAAAAUUUAUAUAGAUUUUGGAUUCUGCAAAGAUAUUAUUUUCAAAUUGAAAGAAAUUGGAAUUUUGGUGGAAAAUAUAUUUAAUGGUGUGCCACAGGAUAUUGAAGGAGUCAUAAAAGGGGGGAAGAUAUUUGUAGUUCAGUCAAGGCCUCAAAUUUAA